CUAGGCCUUCCAUAGACCUGUAAGCUUGGCGCUUCAGUGCGUGCAGUGGAAAAAAACGAAAGCGGUUGUAUCGCCCGAGAAACAGAAGUGUGAGGUUGCACAAAGACUCACAUAUGGUCGGUGGAGCUUUUUUUGUUUAAUAGACACCUCGAGCUCAAAGGUUGUAUUGGCUCAAAGGUUAAAGCCUACACCCACUCUUCCAUCUCUUUAAAGACGCGUGUUAUUUAGAAUUCCACCUGGUCAUUCGAGCACGAAAAAGUCAUGGCCGUCCAGCAUCAAAUCACCACGGUGACUACUGGCCACAGCUCGGGGACAUGGAGCACAGGAAUGUGUGACUGCUGUUCUGACAUCGGUGUCUGUUGCUGCGCCUAUUGGUGUUUCCCAUGCAUGCAGUGUCAGACAGCUUCGCAGCAUGGCUGGUGUUGUUUCCUGCCUGUGCUGGACCCCUGUACCUGUUUCGGCAUCUCCUGCUGCCUGCGCAAGUCCAUCCGAGAACGCCAUGGCAUCGAGGGCUCAUGUAUGGGUGACUGCUGUAAUGUGUUAUGGUGCUACCCCUGCACAUGGUGCCAGAUGUCCAGAGAGAUCAAGCUGCGUGCCGGCCAAGGGGGCACCACCACAGUGAUCACCCAGCAGAUCAUGCAUGGCUAAGUGUCCUUCCACCACCAAACGGCUCAUCUCUCUGACUCUUGCUUAGAGACUUGUUGCUCUUGUUGGUUAGUGGUAACUGAUUUACAGUAAACUGUUGUAUUCGCUGCCAAAUAUUCUAUUUUAGUUCAUCAUCUUAUUUUAUUUUUUUUGAUUCUGUUGCUUGCUUUUUAGUACCCUUGCACUUAGAGAUCUCAUGUUGUUUACGUAAUUGUAACUUGCUUAACUACAUGCUCUUAUGGUUCUUCCCUUUGGCACGUAAUUUUUGGUUGUUCACAAUGUGUGCUUCUUGUUUUUGGCUACCCGCAAUGCUUUGGGGCUAUCUUGUUGUUAUUAUCAGUGACCUAUUCACUUUGUAAAGCUCUCUCUUGGAAGUCGCUUUGGAUAAAAGUAUUUGCUAAAUGAAUAAAUGUAAAUGUAAUCUCCCUAAAUCUGCUAUCACAGGCCACAGCCAUAGAUUGGAGUAGGCUUUUUUGCAUCAUAUCAUGCAUUUGUUCAAAUCCAAUGAGAUCUUGGGAAGAGCCAUUCAGUGAGGGAUCCCCACGGAGGAAUUAGUUAUUUCUCCUUUCAGUUGAAAGAUGAACAUAAUGAGUUGAUCUGCCAUACCUGAAUCAUAAGCAUUCCAGUUGUGUGUGCCAAAAAUCAAAAGUGUUGCUUUGUUUGGUCAAGUAGUCAUGGUUUAUCAGUUCAUGAUGUGUGUCUGCCUUCUUAAUUAAAUCAGUUGCUGUACUGGUAAA